CCAACUGAGCUCCGUCUUAAAGCCUCCUGCAUCUGCAGAGGGAUCAUCAGUUUAUAGGAGAGCAGGAAGCUGAGCUUUGUGGGAGCUGUCCGUUUACCCCGGAAACCUAUUAUGUCAGGGAAUGCCGAUUAUGAAUCCAAACUUUUACCGAUGUUUCUUUUCACCCAAGGCCGCCUCACUCUGAUGAAAAUGUGGAAACCGGAUUUUGAAAAUCAGUAAUGUCACCAUGCGCUAAUCCGAAGCCCAGACUUAAAAGGGGAUGUGUGGGACACGCAGUUGGUAGAGUUUGAAAAUAAAGUCCAGCUAAAAUAUGCAUGCAGUCUGGAUAUUCCUCCUAUUCACCAAAGAGGGAUUUUCUCUUGCACAGAAGAUUAAAGAUGGAGGUGCAGGAGCUAAAGGAAGCAGGCCCCCUGAGCAGUCGAGGAACAACCGUCACUGUGGGACCUGGGUUCGGAAAUCAGACGGUGGAAGCUUCAGCUCCCCAAACUACCCAAACACGUACCCUCCGAACAAGGAGUGCCUUUAUGUACUGGAAGCCCUGCCCCGUCAGAGGGUGGAGCUUCAGUUCAGCAAGAUCUUCCAAAUCGAAGCGUCUUUUGAGUGUCGGUUUGACCACAUCGAGGUGAGGGACGGUCCCUUCAGCUUCUCAACGCUCAUCAAUCGUUACUGCGGCACAGCCAAUCCCGGCCGGAUCCUCUCCAGUGGACGCUUCAUGUGGAUCCGGUUCUUCAGUGAUGAUGAGCUUGAGGGGAAAGGAUUCCAGGUCCAGUAUACGUUUACUGCAGAUCCUGAAUUUCAUCUACAUGUAGGAGGCCUUUUAAACCCCAUCCCAGAUUGUCAGUUUGAGCUAACUGGGUUUGACGGCGUGAUCCGCUCCCACCAGGUUGAGGAGGAGAACAAAGUGAAGCCGGACCAGGCAGUGGACUGCAUCUGGACCGUACAAGCCCCAAUGAAGAGCAGAAUUUACCUUAAAUUCUUGGAAUAUCAGAUGGAAAACUCUAAUGAAUGUAAGAAGAAUUUUGUGGCUGUUUAUGACGGCAGUAGUGCCAUUGAGGACCUCAAGGCCAAGUUUUGUAGUACAGUCGCUAAUGACAUCAUGCUGGAGACUGGUUUCGGAGUGGUGAGGAUGUGGGCGGAUGAGACAAGCCGUCUAAGCCGCUUCAAGAUGCUGUUCACAGUUUUCUCUGACCCUCCCUGUAUUGGCGGUGCGUUCUUUUGCCACAGCAACAUGUGCAUCAACAACUCUCUGGUGUGCAACGGCGUACAAAACUGCGUCUUCCCCUGGGAUGAAAACAACUGCCAAGAGAAAAAGAAUAAAGUUGCUUUCCUUCAGAUCACAAAGACUCAGGGAACAAUCAUCUGCAUUUCCACCGGGGUAGUGAUGUUGCUCCUAAUUUUCUCCAUAAUGGUGCAAGUCAAGCAACCACGAAAAAAGGUAGUGAUACGUAAGAAAAAACUGUUCCACCAUCCUCACCUCCAGAAGAUGUUUGACCCUCAGCACUACGAGCUGUUUUCUAUCAGAGACAAGGAGAUGUCUGGAGACUUGAGGGAUCUUUCAGAGGAACUUCUGUCCCUCCAGGCUCUGAGGAGAUCUUCAUCGGGCUCUCGUUGCGUUCACGAACAUCACUGCGGUUCACAGGGAUCUAUCAAUUCCCUCAAACCAGGCCACAGUUCAAAUGUCUUGGGCAAGACGUCCUUGGAGCUCCCCCCGUUCAGAAGGGACAGUCAGACCACUGCGCCGCCUUUCAGGGGCAUAAACAACAACUUGCGGAAGAAGAGCUGGCCCAGUUUAAAACAGAGCCGAAUGCAGAGCCACCCUGCUAUCAGGGAUCGAGUGCUGUGGCAGCAGGACAGAGUUAUGGAAGAACACGACGAGGAAGAGGAGGAAGAGGGGAGGUAUGAUCUGUAUGUCAGAAGAGCAGGAAGCCGAAGGGGAAAAUAUGACAUGGCUCAGCAAAGAUCUCAUUCCAUGGACUUUUAACAUGAGAAACGUUACAAAUUACAGGGAUUUAGAGACAGUUUUUUGUGCUGAUGUGAAUAAAACAUAAAGAUAAAAGCAGAUUCA